AAGCUCCCCGAAUUGGUCGUUGAUGAGGUCACACGCCAGGUUGCGAGCAGCCAUCACACUCAAGAACCCUAGCUUUCAAAUUCUCGCUAGGGUUCUUGUGCUCCCGCCCAUGGCAUUGGCGCAGCACAAGGGUAAGGAGAAUCUCCCGCCCAAUCUCCAGGACUUGCUCAAGAGCAACGGAUCCAGCGAUGCCAUCCAGUCCCAGCGCAGGUACUUUCUUGACGCCAUUCAGAGCUACGCCGGCAGCGAUCCGCUCAAGCCAUGGGUUGCAUGUGUCAAGUGGGCCAAAGGCAUCAUCACCUCCUCCUCCGCCCCGGGAGUCCGGGCAGAACUCUGUCCAUUGCUCGAGUUUUGCACCAAAGCUUUUCUGGACGAUCCCCGAUACCGGGAGGACCUGAGGUACCUGCGCAUCUGGUUGCGCUACGCAGACUGCUGCGCGGAUCCACUUCACAUCUUUGAGCUCUUAGAGGCGAAGCGUAUUGGCCAGACUCAUUCUCUCUUUUACGAAGCUUACGCGAUGAUCCUCGAGCUACGAGGAGACAUAACCAAGGCAAACCAGAUUUAUGAGCUCGGUAUCUCGAGACACGCUCAACCGGUGGAGCAACUGGAGAAAAUGCACGCGAGCUUUUUGAAGCGCAAGUUCAAGACGAGCAGGCCUUCCGAAGUGAAAGGAAGCUUUGUAGCCGCUGUUAAUCCCAUGUCCAAUAUUGCACGGCCUCAUGGAGAUGAGACAAUCGCUAUCAAAAAGUACGCGGAGGAGGCUAUCGUUCUGGGAGUUGAUCCAGAGGCAGCAAACGCGGAGACUCACAUUGGUCUGGUUGAGCCGACAAUCAACACCAGAGAAGCUCUUGUCAACGUUCUUUCCUUGUUCAACCAGCCCUUGCCAUUGGAUCAAGUGAAGCAGCCUAAAGCACCUUCAUGUCAACGACGUGAGCUACCAGGAGCAAUGGAGCUAAAUGUCUUUGUAGAUGAAGCUCCUUUGGAACAGGCAAAGAAGCCACAGGGACAGGACAAACCAAGCCUGGGAGCCGGAAAGAUGGACUUCAAUAUAUUCGUUGACGAUGCUUUCUGCGACGACCGGCGAGACCGCAAGAUCGAAUUCGUAGAUCCUUGGGACGAGACCCUGGUUGCGGACUUGCUGAAGAAACUGGCGCCACCCUUGCAAACUUGCAAGGGAUUCCAUUGCAGCAGCAAAAAAUAUAGCGGAGGCGUCUCAUUGUCAUCUCUCAAAGCGAACGCACGCAAUAAGACUGUCGAACUAGGAAACUCGACUUAUUUCCUAAAAGGAUGUACAGGACAAGGUGCUUUUGCUCAAGUUUACCAGGCCCACGAAAACAGCAACAAUGAAUCACCAGUUGUACUGAAGAUCCAAAAGCCGCCGUGUCCGUGGGAGUUCUACAUAUAUUAUCAGCUGGACAAGAGGAUCCCAGUUGAAGAGAGAGACAGCUUUGGCAGUGCCCGGAAAAUGUAUGUAUUUUCCGAUUGCAGCAUCUUGGUUGCUGGCUAUGGCCAGCAUGGAACCUUACAGGACGUUGUGAACGCGUAUCUAGCGCAUUCGCUGAAAAUGGACGAGCUCCUCUGCAUGUAUUACACGAUCGAGAUGCUGCGCAUGCUUGAGGUGUUGCACGGAGUUGGCAUCAUUCACGCUGAUUUUAAGCCCGACAAUCUACUUAUUCGAAACGAAAGUGACAACUGGGAAAACUGGGCGCCGAACAGGCCCGGUUGUUGGAAGGGUCAGGGACUAUGUUUAAUCGACUGGGGAAGAAGCAUAGAUAUGAGACUCUUUCCAGAAGGGACCGAGUUUCUUGCAGACAGCAAAACAUCGGCCUUUAGAUGCAUUGAGAUGAUGGAAGAAAGGCCAUGGACUUAUCAGGUUGACGGCUACGGUUUAUGCUGUAUAGUGCACUGUAUGCUCCAUGGAAGCUACAUGGAGCUCGAAGAGGAGAGAAGCCCGGACGGUGGUCGCGUCCAUAAGCCCAAAGCAUCGCUUAAACGGUACUGGAACACGAAUGUGUGGGACAAGUUUUUCAAGACGCUCUUGAAUGCCUCGCCGCCACUGCCGCUAUCCUCGCUGCGGGAAAUGCUGGAACAAACCAUCGUCUCCAAUGCGGCACACCCAAGGCGGCUAAAGGAGCUCCUUAUAAAGCAGACGGUCAUGAUGUACCCCCGGCGGUAGAGCAGUCCAUCUAGGGUUGAUGC